CCCUUUCCUCUCUUCCCCUGCGCCCCUCUCCUCCGCCGCCGCCGCCACUCGCCGCGGGUCACCGCUCCACUGGUGGUGGGGGAAGGAGCCAGCCUGUGCUGGUCGUCCCCAGCGGGCGUGGCCCCCUUGGCAAGGAGACAGCGAGGGCCGAGCAGCAUCUUCACCAUCCAUCCCUAGGGCAGCUUUGUGGGCGGACAUCCCCCUGCCAUGAAACAUCAGACGCUAAUUAGCCCGAUGCGGUGGGAUUUGCCUGCAUCCCUUCUUGUUUUCUGUCUGAGCAGUUCUGUUUUCCUCUGAGUUUUCAUGGGUGCAGAGCCUCAGGCUUCAGCAUCAUAGAAUCAGUCAGGGUUUGGAAGGGACCCCAAGAAUCACCUGGUUCCAACCCACUCCCCUGCCAUGGGCCAGGGACACUCGUUGGUUUAAAUGUUAGGAGUUUUGGUUGUGGGGUUUUUUUUUGCUGGAUAAUAGCUGCUCAACACUUGUCUUGGCUAAGCCAGGAAGAAGAAUCCAGCCUGCAUGGACAGAGCAACGUUUGCCUGUUCCACUGCCUUCUUCCGUGACUACAGCAGCUCGGCUCAGGGUGCAUUCUGCCUCCCCGGAGGACACGUUGACUUCAUUGAGAAAGCAGAGUCCUUCACUUACUCAGAUUUCUUCAGGGACUAUUUGAUUCCAAACCAUCCCUGUGUAUUCUCAGCAAAAUUCACUGAAGACUGGGGCAGCAGGAGAAAUUGGGUUACUUGGGAUGGAAAGCCAAACUUUGAUCAUCUGCUGCAGAAGUUUGGAGAAGCUGUAGUUCCUGUUGCCAACUGUGAUGUCAAGGAGUACAAUUCCAACCCAAAGGAGCAGCUUCCCUUCAAGGAGUACAUCAAGUACUGGAAGGAGUACAUUAGGAAUGGCUACCGCUCCUCCCGAGGCUGCCUUUAUCUGAAGGACUGGCACCUGAGCAGAGCUUUCCCUGCUCAAGAUGUUUAUACCACCCCUGUGUAUUUCUCCUCUGACUGGCUGAAUGAGUACUGGGAUGCUGUAGCUGUGGAUGAUUACCGCUUUGUCUACAUGGGACCUAAAGGCUCGUGGACUCCGUUCCACGCCGACGUGUUCCGUUCCUAUAGCUGGUCAGCCAAUAUAUGUGGGAGAAAGAAAUGGCUGUUGUACCCUGCAGGACAGGAGGAGUUCCUCAAAGACCACCAUGGCAACUUGCCCUUUGAUGUAACUGCACCAAGUCUUCGGGACAAGAGCGUUUACCCUCGCUACAACCAAAGCCAACCCCCUGUUGAAAUAGUGCAGGAAGCAGGGGAGAUAGUUUUCAUCCCCAGUGGAUGGCAUCAUCAGGUUUACAAUCUGGAGGACACCAUUUCCAUCAACCACAACUGGGUGAAUGGCUGCAAUGUGGCUAUCAUGUGGUGCUUCCUGCAGGAUGAAUUAGCAGCUGUCCAGCGGGAAAUCAACGAGUGGAAGGACCCUGUGGAUGAUUGGCACCUACAAUGCCAGUUGAUCAUGAAGUCUUGCACGGGUAUAGACUACAAAGAAUUCUACAACUUCCUCAAAGUCAUUGCAGAGAACAGGAUUUCUGUCUUGGAAAAUGGCCUGGAUGAUGAAGCUUCAGCAAAGAACACCCCAAAAGCUGCUAUUUCCACUUUGGGCAUGCUCCACGCCGUGUUUGAUUUGAAGAGGACUGUGAAGGUGUUGACUUCAUUGAGUGCUAAUGAAGAUUUCAAGAAGCUGGACCUGACAUCACUCUCUCCACCUCCGGAGGCAUUGCUCCACCACUUGAAAGCAGCAAUAGAUACAGCUCUGCUCUAACUUCCUAUUUGUCAGCUCUUUGUAAAAUGAACCUUUUGCAGCGUGGGUGUUUGUAGACUCCUCCCUGUUUAAGAGCUGUUGCAGCUGAAGUACAAAGAGCCUUACUAUAGAGUGGAGAGAAUAUGUUCACAAGACUGAAUACUUUUGGCAGUAGUGAAGUGUCUAGAGUAAUCAUAUAGGAAAACACCAACUCAGCUGAAAAAACCCAAUCCUGUUCACAUUUGGAGCCCUGCUGAUGCUUUCAUGCACUCAGGGAAGGGAGCAGAAAUUCUCUGUGGAUCAAGUUUACGUCUGUCAGGGCUAAACACUUGAGAUUGCAGCAACCUGCACCAUAUUCCCUCUGCUUGGGAGCACUGUACACAGACAGCAAGCUUCCAGCAGUUAAGCUUCACAGCUAAAUUACUCUUAAGACCUGUCUUGAAAAGCUCAGCUUUUCCUUUUCCUCUUCAGUUACCCUUAAAGCCUGAGCUGGCCUAAUAGCUGUACCCUGGCUGAGGAAGAGCUGCCUGUACUCAUCCUGUACAGUGAUACCUCUCUAAAGCUGAAAGUCUCAGGUAGGAUCAGCCUUUACACUACUCCAGGACACACAGGGUUAAAUUUAACGCAGCAAUCAGGAAGCUGAAGUCCUGAUUUUCCAGUGCAGGUAACAAAUCUGCCACUAAUAAUUUCAUUCUAGGAUCCACCUGAACUCAGGAGGAGCUUGGAUGUACUCCUGCGUUUCUACACACCUCUUUCGAGGCACAGUAUUUUAGCAAGCAGAGAUUUGAUCAAUCAGGGAUGCUAGCACAUAGCCUCACCUUGUCUCCUCAGAAAGAGAAAAAACAUGCUCCUCACACACCAGAUAGCACCCCUGCAUGGUUAGAGAGCACAACUUACAACCUGAAUGCUACCCUUGGGCUUGAAAAACAAAGCAUCUCCAAUGAACUAUCCCUCUUGCUUGGACUGGUUCCUGAGGAAGCCUAGAAGCACAAAUGGCUGCACACUGUUAACCUUUGUUGCCCCUUGAGGGCUUCACUUGAAUUCUUGCUCAAGAACCUCCUCGGUUUUCAACCUGAUGAGCAGCUGCUAACUGUUUAGGAAGUGCAAUAGAAGUCUUCAGUAGAGCUGAACAAUCACCUCCUUUUGUAGGUAGUCCCAUGGCCUGCCUUUUGCAUGCCCUCUUUUCUAGUAGAAGGCUACGUUUUGAGUAGGAAGUGCUACCUGAAAUUCAACUUCCAGAGCAUGGAAGAACACAGCAUGGAGAAAACAGACUCUUUAUUUUUUUUCCCUUCUAAGCAGCUGUGACCAUGUCUCAGUGAUUCAACUUUCUGGCAGGCUGUUUCUUUGGACUGGAAAACUGCCUCUGAAAUUCACAGUUCCUAGCUGGUACUUUUGGCUGUUUACAUGCUCAAGCAGGCAGCUUGGAGCUUUCUUACCCGAGUAAGGUGAGAUUUCAGAGGUGAGGAGCAACGGAGUCAAGCUGCCAGGUUGAUGUUUUGGUAGGGAAGCAUGUUCUGAGCUUCUGUUCCCCAGUCUCACUGCAUGCUCUGCAACACUUGAAUCACUGCACUUCCAUAAUGGGUUUGCUUUGGUGAGCAGUACUUUUCCUCUCACAUCCCGUGAUGCUGGACCUGCUGGGCUUUGCUGGGUGAAACCAGCAAGAACACAAGCCUGGCUUUUACAUCCAGAACCAGUUUAGACUCUGUCCAGCAGUCUACAGCUUCCUUCUGGAUGGAUGGAUGCUGUAAGUUUGCUGGGAUGCAAGAGUCCAGGCAGCACUCCUUAGGGAAGAGACAUCACUUCUGCACUGAGUUCCUCUCCUUAGUUCUAUUCCACAGGGAAAUUAAGAUGGACCAGUAUGGUAGGGUGGCUAAAGAGAUGUUCAAGAAAGGAGUUUUCAACUCAUCUUUAUUUGCUUACCACAGGAUGUUAGGGGUUGGAGGACACCUCCAGAUAUCGUAGAGUCCAACCCCCCUGCCAGAGCAGGACCAUAGAAUCUAGUGCACGUUGCACAGGAGUGCACUCAAGACAGGCCUUGAAAGUCCCCAAGGAAGGAGACUCCACAACCUCUCUGGGGAGCCUGUGCCAGUACUCUGUGACCCUUACAAUAGUGAAGUUCUGCCUCAUGUUGAGGUGAAACUUUUCCUGUGCUGUAGUUUACAUCCAUUGCCUUGUCCUAUCACAGGGCAUGAGUGAGAAGAGGCUUUUCACACAAGCUCUCUGCAGCACAGAACAGGACAAGGAGCAGCAGCCUCAAGUUAUCCCAGUGGUACUUUAGGUUGGAUAUUAGAUAAAAUUUCUUCUCUAAAAGGGUUGUCAAGGGCUGGCCCCAGCUGCCCAGGGCUGUGGUGGAAUCCCCAUCCCCAGAGGGGUUUCAAAGCCAUGUAGAUGUGGAAGUGCUGAGGGACAUGCUUUAGUGGUGACCUGGCAUUGCUGGAUUCAUGGUUGACCUUGGUGAUCUUAAAGGUCUCUUCCAACAAACUCCAUUCUAUGCUACUCACCUCUGAGGGCCUCUUUCAUAAGACCUGCUAGGGCUUAGUGUGAUUAGUGCAAGACAACAAAGGUAAAAACAAGAGGAAAUGAUCACAAAGGUCUCUUCCAAUAUGCUACUCACCUCUGAGGGCCUCUUUCAUAAGACCUGCUAGGGCUUAGUGUGAUUAGUGCAAGACAACAAAGGUAAAAACAAGAGGAAAUGAUCACAAAGGUCUCUUCCAAUAUGCUACUCACCUCUGAGGGCCUCUUUCAGAAGACCUGCUAGGGCUUAGUGUGAUUAGUGCAAGACAACAUAGUUAAAAACAAGAGGAAAUGAUCUUAAAGGUCUCUUCCAACCAACUCCAUUCUAUGCUACUCACCUCUGAAGGCCUCUUCAUGAGACCUGUUAAGGCUUAGUGUGAUUAGUGCAAGACAACAGAGUUAAAAACAAAAGGAAAUGAUCUUAAAAGUUUUAGCCAUGUUCUGAUUGAUACAGCAGGGAAUAGAAACCCAAAAAUGAGUUUUAUUGAUCCAAUCUCUCUUCAACCCAAAAAUGAGGGUUUUUUGAUCCAGUCUCUCUUAAAACUACAUCAGGAAUCUCAAGUGUUGUUCAAGUUCUCCAUGCUCAUUAAUGAUCAAGGAAGAGUUUUCUAAAGGUUAAAGACAUGAAAACAAAUCCUCAGAUGCCUGAAGGCAGACAUGAGAUUGGAACAAGAAGCGUGCAAGCCUGGAAUGUCUCUUCAAACAGCUUUAUUUAAGUACAAAGUUACUGCAAAACAUCCAUUAGGAUCCUCUCAUACCAAUAUAUUAACUGUUGUAACCAAUGGUACUACUUAUUAAAGCAUAAUACUUGUGAUAAACAGCAGCAAACA